AAAGAUCCGAGGAAGCUAUUAGGCUCAGACUGAGUCUUGCCACAAGUCGGGCGGACCAUGUUUACUGCUAAAUGCGGCGAGCCUAGACACUCAAAGACGGCGCAGCUCAGAACAACCACACCUGACGUUCAUCUCGAAACACUAGCCGAAAAACCCCCGAGUUGGAAUAGGUAAGACUGAUCACCAGGCGCCGUCCCCCUCGGAGGAAUUUGAGGGUGGCCAAUGGUCCACAUGAAACUAAUUGAACCGUGCAAGUCUUUUGUUCAAACCCCACAAUAUUCAGUGCACCAUGUUCUCCCAGACGCAUCAUCCUACCAGUGACCCACUCACCUUCAAAUCAUCACUCUGGAAAUCCCAGGGAGACAUCCCAAUCAUCGAUAUUCGCUCCAAAUCCACAUCUACUGGGUCGGAUGGAUUUGAUGUUGCCAUUCGCCAGGCGGUAACAAUCGGUCUUGCUCAACCAUACAACGAGAAGGAGCUGCCAAUCCUGUUACUCUACGACGAAACGGGUUUACGUCUAUUCGAAGAAAUCACCUAUCAGCCUGAUUAUUAUAUCACACAACUGGAAUUUGACAUUUUGACAAAAUAUGCAGCAGACAUAACGGAAUCCAUUCCAGAUGGUGCACUUUUUGUCGAACUUGGCGCUGGAGCCCUUCGUAAAACAGCACUCAUACUGGAUGCUCUUGAGGCCCAGAGAAAAUCAAUCACAUACUUGGCACUGGACCUGGAUAAGUCCGAGCUUUCCCGAACAUUGGGGGAACUCCGUGGCCGAUACACGCAUGUACGAUGUGGUGGACUAUGGGGUACCUUCGACAACGGGCGUGAAUGGCUUGCUACAAUACCCGAUUGUCCCAGGGUGUUAUUGUCUCUCGGAUGCUCCGUUGGUAAUAUGGGUCGUAACGAAGCGGCGAAUUUGAUUCGCUCGUUUGGAAACAUCCUGAAGCCCCAAGACCGGUUCCUCCUCACGAUCGACACGAAGCACCAUGACAUGGAGGUGAUUCGUAGAGCUUACGAUGACCGAGGUGGUGUUACUCGGCGCUUUGCCCUCAACGCUCUUGAAGGGCUCAAUAAGCUCUUCGGACACAACGUCAUCGACACCUCGGCUUUCACGUAUAAACCAUAUUACAACGAGGUCAAGGGACGAAACGAAGCAUAUUUCCAAUGCUUGCGCAGUAUAACGAUCUGCCUCCCAGAUUCCGCACCCAUAAUGGUGUGCGAAGGGGAGGUCAUUCAAUUUGCCUGCUCCUACAAAUAUAAUGAUCUAGAACGACAGCUGUUGCAGUCGGCGGCUCGUGCUUACUUGGAGAAGGAAUGGCUCGCAGAAGGAGGCACCUAUGCACUUAUGAUGUUAUCAUGGCCAGGAGCUAACUGACAUCUUUAUCUACACAAAUCUGCAUCAGGACUGUCAUAUCAGCGUAAUAAUCUUGAGUUGUUCUGAAAAGGUUGUUCAUUUGUACAGGUCAGCAUGGCGUUUCGCCAUUGCUGCGGGCUUUGGAUCCCAA